UGCUCUCACAAUAGCUAGAUGGAUCCUGAAGCUGGAACGGAAUUUCUCGGCUUGUUCAUCGCGUCUCAGCCUUUAGCCCAGCUCUUUUUUAGCCCAGUCAUGGGCUUCCUGGGCAAUCGGCUCGGCUCUAUUCGCAUUCCGGCCAUGGUGUCCACUUUCAUCAUGGCCAUUGGCUUCGCUUUCUAUGCCAGCGUUUCGGCUCUGCCCGAACCGAGGCGAUGGUACCUCUUCGCUGCCCGUUUCACCAUCGGAGCUGCAGGAGGGACGACUACCUUGUGUUACAGUUACGUGGCAUCGGCCAGCACAGUCAAAGAGCGGACGACUGCACUAUCGGCUCUUCAAAUGACGAAAUCAUUUGCGUUCAUCAUUGGACCACUGAUUCAGGCCGCGUUCGUGACGCUGGGCGAGGGAGAAGAUUAUCCAAUUGGCAACACUGGGCUUUACUGGAACUUGUACACUGCUCCAGCAUGGCUGUCCGUCUUCUUGUCGCUGAUCAACAUCUUCGUGUUGAUGCCUUGCGUCUUCACCGAGUUCAACAUCGCCAAGCAAGAAGGUGACUAUUUGGCCGCUAGAGGGCUCCAGAAGUCUUCAGCCACUGAUGCGGAAGAAACGAAAAGGAUGAAGCCGGACAAGCUGGCCUUGGUCGUUUGCAUCGUCAUCUCUGCCUCGACUCAAUUCCACUUUAAUUUCAUCGAAAGCACGGCUACGUUGGUCGUGAUUGAGCAGCUGGGCAUAACGCCCACCCGUGCCGUCGUGAUGGUUGGCAUCAUGUACUCCGCCGCUGGAAUUUACGGCAUCUUAAUGUUUGGAACGGUUGGACUGCUGUCUCGCAAGAUGGGUGAGAGGAUCGUCUUGGCUGCUGGAAUGCUCUUUGCCAUGUCUGGAAUUAUUUGCAUGUAUCCUUACGGUGGUCCUUUAUCUCCUUUGAAAUUCAUCAAUGAAACAAUCGAAGAGGUGACGACCGUCAGCUUUUCUUCCGUGGAAGAUACGAGCAGCGAUUGGCCAAGCUGUUACAACGCCUCCUUCGCAUUGACUGACGGGGCUGGAUGUCCUGUCGACAAACAGCCUUGGUGUUGCGAAACUCCAGCCAUCCAUCCUGAACAGCUGAUUGUCGGUUACCUCUUCAUAUUCACCGGAGUUCCACUGGCCAUUAUGAUGUGCAGCGUCAUUUUCAGCAAAGUUCUCGGACCCUAUCCGCAGGGCACUUGGACGGGUCUUUUGGGCGCUGGAACGGCUGUGGCACGCAUAUUGUGUCCGCUUUGCGUCACUAGUUUGUACGCGGCUUGGGGUAUGCUGGCCACGUGCAGUUUCAUGACGACCGUCAUGUCCAUUGUACUCGUCAUCUUCGUCACGUCGUACGGCCGUCUCGUCCCGUAUCGACACGCCACAUGAUUCAACGACCUCGUCCUAAAUUGUUUUUUAAAAAUUGGUACAACUAUUUUGGAAUUGUAUAGGCAAUAUAUUAUCUAAUGUGAUGGUAAACUGAAGCCAGUUUUUAUCUGGACG